AUGGCCAAGCCGUUGACCGACCACGAGAGGAGGAAGCAGAUCUCCGUCCGGGGGCUAGCCGGGGUGGAGAACGUAGCGGACCUGAAGACUAAUUUUAAUAGACACCUGCAUUUCACCCUGGUGAAGGACCGGAACGUCGCCACCAAGCGGGACUAUUACUUCGCCCUGGCGAACACGGUCCGGGACCACCUGGUGGGCCGCUGGAUCCGGACCCAGCAGCAUUACUACGACAAGGACCCGAAACGGGUCUACUAUCUCUCCCUGGAGUUCUACAUGGGUCGGACUCUGCAGAACACCAUGGUGAACCUGGGCUUGGAGAACGCAUGUGACGAGGCCAUCUACCAGCUGGGUCUGGACAUGGAGGAGCUGCAGGACAUCGAGGAAGAUGCCGGCUUGGGAAAUGGAGGGCUGGGUCGCCUUGCUGCUUGUUUCCUGGACUCCAUGGCUUCUCUGGGACUUGCAGCUUACGGAUACGGAAUCCGUUACGAGUUCGGCAUCUUCAAUCAGAAAAUCGUCAAUGGCUGGCAGGUAGAGGAAGCAGACGAUUGGCUGCGCUACGGUAACCCCUGGGAGAAGGCCCGCCCAGAGUACAUGCGUCCGGUCCACUUCUACGGCAGGGUGGAGCACACACCGGAAGGAGUGAAAUGGGUCGACACACAGGUGGUUCUGGCCCUCCCCUACGACACGCCGGUUCCCGGCUACAGGAACAACAUCGUUAACACCAUGAGACUGUGGUCCGCCAAGGCUCCCUGUGAAUUCAACCUGAAGGACUUCAACAUCGGAGGCUACAUCCAAGCCGUCCUGGAUAGGAACCUGGCUGAGAACAUCUCCAGGGUUCUGUACCCCAAUGAUAACUUUUUCGAGGGGAAGGAGCUGCGUCUGAAGCAGGAGUACUUUGUUGUAGCAGCGACUCUUCAAGACAUCAUCCGAAGAUUCAAAGCCUCCAAGUUUGGCUCCACGGAGUUUGUGAGAUUAGACCUUGCCAAGAUGCCUGAAAAGGUGGCCAUCCAGCUGAACGACACUCAUCCUGCUCUCGCUAUUCCUGAGCUGAUGAGGAUCCUGGUGGACAUCGAGAAACUCGACUGGGAGAAGGCUUGGGACAUUGUGACCCGGACUUGUGCCUACACCAACCACACCGUCCUGCCUGAAGCCCUGGAGCGCUGGCCUUUGGACCUGUUCCAGAACCUGCUGCCUCGACACUUGGAGAUCAUCUACGAGAUCAACAGGAGGCAUCUGGAGCGCAUCUCUAAGCUCUACCCCGGAGAUCACGACCGUCUGCGCAGAAUGUCCCUCAUCGAGGAAGGGAACACCAAAAAAAUCAACAUGGCUCAUCUGUGCAUCGUGGGGUCUCAUGCAGUCAACGGAGUGGCCCGCAUCCAUUCAGAAAUCAUCAAAAGCACGGUGUUCAAGGACUUCUACGAAAUGGAUCCUGAGAAGUUUCAGAACAAGACCAAUGGGAUCACGCCCAGGCGAUGGCUGGUCAUGUGCAACCCUGGCCUGGCUGAGGUCAUAGCUGAGAGGAUUGGAGAGGACUACAUCCGCGACCUAGACCAGCUGAAGAAGCUUCUAGACUUUGUGGACGACAAUGCCUUCAUCAGAGACGUUGCAAAGAUCAAACAAGAGAACAAGCUGAAGUUGGCCGCCCACCUGGAGGAGCACUAUAAGGUGAAGAUCAACGCCAACUCCAUGUUUGACGUGCAGGUGAAGAGGAUCCACGAGUACAAGAGGCAGCUGCUCAACUGCCUGCACAUCAUCACGCUUUACAACCGGAUCAAAAACGAGCCCAACAAGUCAUGGACCCCCAGGACCAUCAUGAUUGGAGGAAAGGCGGCUCCAGGUUACCACACUGCAAAAAUGAUCAUCAAGCUGAUCACAUCCAUCGGGGACAUAGUCAAUAACGACCCUGUGGUGGGAGACCGCCUUAAGGUCAUCUUUCUGGAGAACUACAAGGUCACUCUGGCUGAGAAGGUCAUCCCAGCCGCUGACCUUUCGGAGCAGAUCUCCACAGCUGGAACCGAGGCCUCUGGCACUGGGAACAUGAAAUUCAUGCUGAACGGCGCCCUCACCAUCGGUACCAUGGACGGAGCCAACGUGGAGAUGGCGGAGGAGGCGGGAGAGGAAAAUCUCUUUAUCUUCGGCAUGAGAGUGGAAGAUGUGGAGGCGCUGGACAGGAAGGGCUAUGAUGCCGCCUCUUAUUACAACCGCAUUCCGGAGCUGAAGCAGGCGAUGGAUCAAAUAUCAGGAGGCUUCUUCAGCCCCGACCAGCCUGGUCUUUUCAAGGAUCUGGUCAACAUGCUGAUGCACCACGACAGGUUUAAAGUGUUUGCAGACUAUGAAGACUACAUCAAGUGUCAGGAGAAGGUCGACGCUCUCUACAAGGACCCCAAAGAGUGGACCAAGAAGGUGAUCCACAACAUCGCCGGCUGUGGGAAGUUCUCCAGUGACCGCACCAUCUCCCAGUACGCUAGGGAGAUCUGGGGGAUGGAGCCCAGUUUGGAGAAGAUCGCCGCUCCGGAUGAUCCUCGCUAAAACGCUGCUGCUUCCUUCCCUUCAGCCGUAGCUCACCGUGCGCUUAGCCCCACCCUGUAGCCUCUUCACUUUGCGCCGCGGCGUCUCUUCCUGAACAGAUCGGGUGGUUCCCGCUUCACCUGGGGAAAAAAAAAGAAACGGUUUUUAACUUUGAAAUGAUUUAUUUUAGAAAGAUAGAAAGCUUUGCUAACUCCGGUUACUGAAUAUUCUCAGACUGUAGCUGCGUUGUUUCUGGGAACAGGUAAAGAUUUUCUUCUGUUCUUUUUCUUUGCGGUUGAACAAAAAGGGGACGUUGGAACCCAUAUUCCCACAUUCCUUCACAAAAGGCCAGCGGAUGAACCUCGUCACUGUUCUUCCAAACCGCCGUGUCUCGUUUUAGACAGAAAGGAGGCGACGGGUACGAGGGGUUAAAAAAGGAAGCCAUUUCUCCAUCUUUAUGUGAAGAUUUCAUGUUAAAGAGAUGCUGACUGUUAAAUGUUUUUCUGUGUUAGCUGAAUGUAAUAAUUUCUCUUUAAAGAUAUAUUAAUAUAUAACUAUAGAGAAGAGCUUUAAUGCAAAUUAUAUAUAUAUAUUUAGUUGGCAUGUUUGUGGCUCAUUCUGUCCUGUCCCUGAAAGUGAUCCAUGUUGAGGAAUAAAACUGCCUUGUUUAGCUGAGUUUUUCUGUGUAAGAUGUUCGUCUCUAUCUGCUGUUCUUGUGUGUGAAACAUGGCGGCGUCCUCCACAGUCGCUCUACUGUAACCUCACUCUGGCGCUUUUCUGCAACUUCCUGUUUUGCUGCAAAAAACGACCAGAAAUCGGAUCUUUUUAGUUUAAUAAAAGAUGGAACCUAUAGUCCA